AAGCGAACGAGAUUGCGCGCCAAAAUGGAUGACAACGACGUGGAGGACGUUGAAGCCGUUCCUCAGGUUUACAUGGCUUGCAUCUUACACGGUCACAGAAUAGGAGUUUCUUACUAUGAUUCCAGUGUUCGCCAACUUUAUGUGCUUGAAGUAUGGGAUGAUGGUGACAAGCUUUAUCCAGUAAUUGAUAUGGUGAAAUAUCAAGCAAACCCUGUAAUCAUUUAUACAAGCUCUAAAUGUGAGGAAUCCUUCUUAUCUGCUCUGCAACGAAGUGAUGAAGCAGGCGAGGCUCCUCAAGUAAAACUUGUUAAAAGCUCAAUAUUCAGUUAUGAGCAAGCAUGGCAUAGAUUAAUUUACCUGCGAGUGGUGGGAAUGGAUGAAGGAUUAAAUGAAAAGGAGAGGGUUUACUAUUUGAGUUCUAUGAUGGACAUGGGAAGUGAAGUACAAGUUCGUGCUGGCGGUGGUCUUCUUGCAAUAUUAGAGAAUGAAAGGAUUGUAGAUACUCUUGAGCAAAUGGAAUCUGGAAACACAUCAAUUACAGUAGAUUCGGUAGCAGAAAUUUCACUACAUAAGUUUCUCAAACUUGAUGUAGCAGCACAUGAAGCAUUACAAAUAUUCCAAAUGGACAAGCACCCUAGCCACAUGGGCAUUGGUAGACCAAAAGAAGGGUUUUCAGUAUUUGGAAUGAUGAAUAAGUGUGUGACUCUAAUGGGUAGACGUCUUUUGAGAAACUGGUUCAUGAGGCCUAUACUUGAUCUUGAAGUUCUGAACUACCGUUUAAAUUCUGUAUCUUUCUUUCUAUGCUCAGAAGAAUUGGUCGUUUCUUUACGUGACACCCUGAAAUCUGUGAAGGAUAUUCCCUACUUGCUAAAGAAAUUUGACUCUCCGAGCUCCAUAUGCACCAGCUCUGAUUGGACAGCUCUUCUCAAGAGUAUCUGUGCGCUGUUGCAUUUGGGAAAGAUAUUUGAAGUUGGGAUUUCAGAAGGUCUUCGAGAAGAACUGAAAUACUUGAAUCUGGAUAUUGUUGAAAAGGCAAGUUCAUCCAUAUCAACGGAACUUGCCUAUGUCUAUGAGCUGGUAAUUGGUGUUAUUGACGUAAACAGAACUAAAGAGAAGGGAUAUGCAACAAUAGUGAAAGAAGGUUUCUGUGAUGAGUUGGAUGAGUUGAGGCAAAUAUAUGAGGAACUGCCAGAAUUUCUCCAACAGGUUUCAUCAUUAGAAUUGGCACAACUUCCUGUUAUAUUCAAGGACAAGCCUAUUCCUUGUAUAGUUUACAUACAGCAGAUAGGAUAUUUGAUGUGUAUCUUUGAAGAAAAACUUGAAGAAACCACUCUGGAGAAGCUUGUGGAUUGGGAAUACACAUUUUGUGACGCAGAUGUAGAGACAAAAAGAUACUUUUAUCGUACACCAAAAACAAGAGAACUGGACAAUCUUCUAGGAGAUAUCUAUCAUAAAAUUUUAGAUAUGGAGAGGGCGAUCACAAGAGACUUGUUUUCACAUAUAGUUCUGUUCUCAAGCCACUUGACAAAGGUGGCAACAUUUGCAGCUGAACUGGACUGCUUUCUGUCAAUGGCAUUGGUUGCUCGGCAGAACAACUAUAUCAGGCCUUUGUUGACUGAAGAAAACUUACUCGAUAUAAAAAAUGGAAGGCAUGUUCUGCAGGAAAUGACUGUCGAUACUUUUAUUCCUAAUGACACCAAGAUUCUUCGUGAUGGAAGAAUUAAUAUCAUCACCGGUCCUAAUUUUUCUGGAAAGAGUAUCUAUAUAAAGCAGGUGGCUUUAAUUGUUUUUCUAUCCCACAUUGGUAGUUUCGUGCCAGCGGAUGCAGCAACAGUGGGUCUGACAGAUAGAAUAUUUUGUGCAACGGGAAGCAGGCUGAUGACAGCAGAACAAUCAACAUUCAUGAUUGAUCUUCAUCAAAUAGGAAUGAUGCUAAGGCAUGCUACUUCACGAUCUCUAUGUCUGGUGGAUGAAUUUGGUAAAGGGACUCUCACAGAAGAUGGCAUUGGUCUGCUAGCUGGGACCAUAAAUCACUUCGUAACGUAUGAUGAACCACCAAAGGUCUUCAUAUGCACUCAUCUCAUGGAUUUAUUGCAAGGGCAUUCUUUGACCAAGUCUCAGCAGAUUAGCUUUCAUACAAUGAGUAUACUGAAGCCCGACGAUAAUUCCACAUGUCUUGAAGACAUUGUAUUUUUAUAUAGGCUUGUUCCAGGACAUGCGCAUCAUAGCUACGGACUGCACUGUGCACUGCUUGCAGGUGUGCCACAUGAAAUUAUAAAAAGAGCUGCAGUUGUGUUGGAUGCUGUUGCAAAUAACAUGUGUGUUGAGCGUCUAUGCAAUGAUAACAUCACGGCACGAGAUCAUCAGUACAAGAAUGCCAUAGAGAAGUUGUUGGAAUUCGAUAUUGACAAAGGCGAUUUAAACCAAUUUUUUGAUGAUGUAUUUUCUCUAUCUCUUAAUCCAUGA